AUGGCGGCGGCGGCGGCGGCAGCUCCGAGUCCGCGCGGCUCCCUCUCUCCGUCCCUCCCGCUGCGCUCCGCUGCCGAGGCUGCCACACAAGAUGGCGGCCCCGAGCCACGUCCGCCAAGCGGAAGCGACGUCACGACGCACGCGAGGCGACGUGGCCCGACCGACUCUCUCGCGAGGGGAGCAGCGCCGGCCCCCCCGCCCGCCGCGGCCCCCCCCCCCGCCGCCGCCGCCGCCGCGGCGCUGGCGCUGCAGACGAGGCUGGUGGAGAACCAGCCCUACGACGAGAGCCUCGACGUCACCGAGCCCGAGGACGUGGCCAGCCUCUACGCCCCCAGCCCCGCCCGCCCAGGGCCCCGCCCGCCCCGAGGCCGACAGCAGCACAAGGCCGUGGCCGCCGACCGCAGCAGCGAGGAGGAGGAGGAGGACGAGGAGGAAGAGGACGAGGAAGACGAGGAGGAGGAGGAGGAGAGGGGGGUCGGCGAGGGGGGGCGCCUGAAGGCGGGGGGCGGCCUGGCCCUGGGCCCCGUCCCGGCCCUGCCCCCGCCCGCCGCCCAGGGCGCCCCCGCCGGCCCCCCGCACGGCGGCGGCAAGAAGAAGGGGGCGUCGUCGGCGUCUUCAGGCCCCCAGCGCCGCUUCGGCGAGAACGAGGUGGAGGAUGAGGACGAGGACUCCUCGGAGACAGACUCGGAGGACGACGAUGAGGACGAGGAGCACGGAGCGCCCUUGGAGGGGGCCUACAACCCCGCGGAGUACGACUGCCUGCCCGUCUCUCUGGAGAUCAAGGACCUGUUCCAGUACAUCCGCAGGUAUUCUCCGCAGAUGAUUGACCUGGAGCACAAGCUGAGGCCGUUCAUCCCGGACUUCAUCCCUGCAGUAGGGGACAUCGACGCCUUCUUAAAGGUUCCCCGCCCAGAUGGGAAGCCAGAUAACCUGGGUUUGUUGGUGCUAGAUGAACCGUCGACUAAGCAGUCAGACCCUACGGUGCUUUCCCUCUGGCUGACGGAAAACUCCAAGCAGCACAACGUGGCUCAGCAGGUAAAAGUGAAGAGCCUGGAGAAUGCCGAGAAGAACCCCAAAGCCAUUGACAGCUGGAUCGAGAGCAUCAGUGAACUCCAUCGCUGCAAGCCUCCAGCCUCUGUCCAUUAUGCCAGGCCCAUGCCUGACAUAGACACACUGAUGCAGGAGUGGUCUCCUGAGUUUGAAGAACUGCUAGGGAAGGUGAGCCUUCCGACAGCAGACAUCAGCUGCAGCCUUGCCGAGUACACGGACAUGAUAUGUGCAAUUCUGGACAUUCCUGUCUACAAGAGCCGCAUCCAAUCCCUGCAUACGCUGUUCUCACUGUACUCCGAGUUCAAGAACUCCCAGCACUUCAAGGCCCCAGCAGAGAACAAGAAGGCAACAAGCCCUCCCUCCAACUCUGCUUCACUAGCUGGAGAGACGGACAUACUGAAUUUCCCCUAA